ACAUUCAUCUAAGCAACCUUCGAUCCUCGUUUAUUCUAUAUGGACACCAUUACAUUUAUCGGCUUGCUCUACUGGCUGUUGUGCAUGAUAUUAUUCGGUCCGGCAAUGUUCUUGGUGGCCGUUUAUCUGCCAGAACUUCCAGUGCGAUAUGUGAAAUGCCUGCGGCAGCAAACCUUGUAGUUUCAGCCAAGUGGUACAUGGUUUAAUCCAGCUAUUAUUGUAAUUAUAAUGCACAACCAGCGAUCGAAGUGCAAGUAUAAUAAAAGUUUAUUUAAAAGUAAA